AUGUUGCUCUUUCGCUACUCCCUUUUCUUCUUCUUUUCUUUUCUUUUUUUUCUUUUUCUUUUUCUUUCCCUUAAUACACUUUCUUUCCUCUUUAAUUUUAAUUUUCUUUCUUUCCUUCUUUUUUCAUUCCUCUGCUUCCUUCUCUCAUUUCCCGUCUUCUUCAUCCUUUCCAUCUUCUUUUUCGGUUUUUCAUUAUUUCUCCGAUUUCCUUUCCUUUUUCUUCAUCUUUUAUUUUCUACAUUUCAUUCAUUUUUCCAUUUCCAUUUUUUGUCGCAUUUUUUUUUCUUUCUCGUCAUUCCUUAUUUUCUAUUCUUGCUUCUUUCUUUCUUUCUUUCUUUCUUUCUUUCAUUCUUUCAUUCAUUUAUUUCCUUCCUUCUUUCCUUCUUUGUUUCCUUCUUUUUUAUUUCAUUUCUUGUACAUUUUCCUUUUAUUUCCUUUUCUUUCCUUCAUUCUUUCUCUUCUUUCCUUUUUUCUUUUAUUUCUUCAUUCUUUCCUUACUUUCAUUCUUUCUUUCUUUUCUUUCCUUCUUUCUUUCCCUCUUUCUUUCCUUUAUACUUUCCUUUCUCUCCUUCUUUCUUUCAUUUCUUUCCUUCUUUCUUUCAUUUCUUUUUGCAUCGCAUCUCUCUUUUCUUUUCCUUCUUUAAUUUAUUUUUCGUAUUCUUCAUUUUUUUCUUUUCAUUCCUUAUUCUUUUUCCUUAUUUGGUUUCCAUUUGA